AUGAAUGCUUCGAUUUCAUCACUAAGUUUUUCUGCAUUAGAAAGGAAAUACUAUGUGGCUGAAUUCGAUAGAUUGACAGAAAAGCAAGAAAAUUCUAUAAUUGACAGAACUUUAUCAAGGGAAGAAUACAUGAAUUUCUUGAAAAGAUUGAAAAUUUCAAGAACAGAUUGCGAUGAUAUCUGAAAUUUAGUAUAAAUUUUUUAGAAAGAGUUUCUUAAUCGUAUUUAUAAUAUAAAAAAAUCUAAAAUUACCAUCAGAAGGUAUAAAUGAAAACCAAAAUGUAUUAAAAUUGCCAAAUUUUAUGGCAGCUAUGAGAUUGUGUAGUGUUUUGAAGCAAGGAUUACGAGUUGGAAAGGAAAAUUUAAUUAAGGAACAAAGCGUUUUAGCAAGAAAAUCUAAAGAUAAAGAUACAAAAAAUACUGAAGAUUCAAAGCCAGGAGGAAUGCCAAAUAAAAAGACUGAGAAUGGGAAGGGUAAAAACACUAAUGAUAGGCUGAGUGACAUACCAGCUAUGCAAGAAACUGCUCAAAAUAUUUUACCCAAGAUGCCAGCAUUGCCUGAUGAUAAGAAAUUUCCUGCGUUUGAAAAACCAAUUGAAAAUAUUUAUACUGGGAAUAAGUCACCAUUAAAAAACUUUGAAGAAAAAACCCCAACUCCUGCUUUAACUGAAAAAUCGAUAUUCCAGGCACCUUUAAACCUAAUCAAUGUUCCAGAGCCUUCAGCAUUUAACAAGCGAGAAAUCUCAGUAGAAACUCCAACACAGGUGAUCAGUGGGUGGUUUGGGAGUUCAUCAUAUCACACUUAUCCGAUCAUCACACAAAUAAAUGACCAAAUUUAUAGAGUAACUAGAAGAUUCAGCGACUUAGAUUGAAUGCAUAACUUAUUAGUCAAAAAUUAUUGCGGAUUCCUUAUACCUCCACGACCGGAUAAAAGAAUUAUUAACAAUAACAAUGACAAGUUUAUUGAAGAGCGAAGAUUGCAGAUUGAAAAAUAUUAUUUUUCAUAUAAGUUACUGCAUUUAUAUCAAUAAUAUGCCUUAAAAUCUAUUAAAAAUAUAGCUUUAUUCUUAACUACAACUUUAUAAUUAUUUUAAAAAAAUAUAUACUUAAACAUUAUUUUAAAUAACCCAGUAUUAGGCAUGUCACUCCCAUUUAAAGUUUUUACACAAGCCCGUGAUGAAAACUUCGAAAUUGAAAAAAAAUCAGCAGAAGAUCGUCAAGAAAAUCUUCAAGCUAAAAGUUUUGAAGAUAUAAUUGACAGCGUUUAUGCAAAAUUCCAAACAAAUUAUCAAAAAUUAUUUACUGAUAUUCCUAUAAAAGAAGACAUUGAAAAUAUAGUAGAAAAUAUAAUAAAGCUGGAUUCUCCUACACAGUCUUGUAUUAAUUCUUUUCAAAAUUGGACAAAUCAGCAGAAAUUGACGAUAGAUGCAUUUCGCGAAUUCGAAAUCCCAGAAGAGCCAGAUAUUUCUGAUAUUUUUCAGCAGCAUUCAAAGAACUGCCAACAGAAUUUCGAAGAGCUUGACCAAUUUCAUUCAGAUUUUUCUAAUGAACAUUUACGAUUGGAAGGGUUAAAACAAGCGAUAAAUUCAUAUAAAGGAUCAAUUAGUAAAUAUCAUGAGCAAGAAGCUUUAAUUUCAAGAAAAUAUGCAAAGCAUAAGAAUUCAUAUGACGAAGAAACAGCGUCAAGAUAUUUACAAGAACUGGAAUCUGCUGAAAUAGAUUUGGAAAAAUUAACUAAUUUCUCUAGUAUAAAUUAAAAAAUAACCAAAGAAUAAUUUAUUUAUAAAUACUUUAGAAAAUAAUUUAAAUUUUAAUUUUUAUUAUAAAUUUUGGCAUCAAGAUAAAUGAUGUAAGUCAUUGAGUAAAAUAGAAAGCAAUUUAAUUCAAGAAAACAUGAGAUUUGAAGCAACAAGGAGUGAAGAAAUUAUGAAAACUGUUAUUGGGAUUACUAAAAAGCAAAGAGAAUUUUAUGAAAAAGAAUGUGUAUUUUGGCAAAAUGCCCUUGAAAAAUUUUAA